AUGCGGUUCGACCUCGUCAAAGCCAGCGAUGUCGAGGCUGCGUUGGCUAUCGAGCACGAAGGUUUUCCGCCAGAUGAAGCAGCAACGCUCGACAAACUGAAACAGCGCCAAGCGCUUGCCCCAGAGCUCUUCAUAGGCGCAUACGAUGACGCACAUACACUCUCCGGCUUCGUCUGCUGUACACUGACCUCCUCAGAGACGCUCACGCACGACUCUAUGAGCCAACACGACUCAGGGGCUCCCUUUGUCGCUAUUCACAGCGUCGUCGUGCGCAAGACUCACAGGCGUCAAGGCAUAGCUGUCGGGCUACUGAAGGAAUUGCUGCAACGAGUAGAAAGCGCAGGGAAGGCAAAGGCUGCUCUGUUGAUCACCCAUGACGAGUUGAUCCCGCUGUAUGCCCAAGCGGGCUUCAUCCUCAAGGGACCGAGCGCAGUCGUACACGGCAGCCGGCCAUGGUUCGAAAUGACUCAUACGUUUGAGAUGCCGCAGCAACAAGAUUUGUCGGGCGUCAUGGCUGCUCUACAAUCGACAGCCGGCAAAAAGCGCGACAGGAGCGAGGGCGUUUUACUCUCAAGCUUGUCCCCCGAUGAGCUCACCGCGGCUGGGAAGAAUGCGCUAUCACUGUUUUGUCCCCGUCCGCAAUGCCGAUGUCUCAUUCUGAGGCCAUCAGAAGCUCGAUCGGCCAGACGAGCUCACGAGAUCCCGCCACUGCCCGCUGAUGUAGCGGUCAGUAAUGAUGCAGAGCAAGUCUGGCUCGUUCCCAGCGCGCUCACGUUCGAGAACAUUGGCUUCUCAAAGACAGCGCCCGGCAGCACGACGAAAUAUCUCAUCUGCGCAGAUUGCGAUCUCGGGCCACUAGGCUGGAUUGAUACAGGUGGCGAGGAUCUCGGGCAGCGAGUGGAGCAAGAAGCGGCUGGUCAAGCAGCAAGCAGACCGACACAAGAAUUCUUACUCCUUGCAGGCCGCCUACGAUAUGCAUAA